UGCCUUAGCCUUUUUUGGCCUUCGGUUUUCCCCCCGGGCUGGUUGGACAGCUCCCCCGCCCCUCCCUCGCGGGGUCUCCUUGCUCUCGGGCUCAGAGGGGCGAGAUGCGGAGCCUUUACGAGAAAUUCGAAGUGCCCGGGGGCUACGGCGUUUGCUAAGUCUCCUAUUUGUGGGGUUGGAGGGUUGUACUUGGCGCGGAGAAGAAUGUGCAGUCUUUUUAACUGAUGAAGAACAAGGCUUUGUCUUCCUGUAAUUCUGAAGUGAAAGUUGGGUCACCAUACAAGAAAAAUAAAUCCACUUAAAAUAUAGGCAUUAGUAAUAGAAUGCUGAAACAAACUUCUGGAUUAGCUUCAUUGGCUUUCCUGCUUCUUUUGCAUCCCAAAGCAUAAGUUUAAAUCAUCUCAGAAGGACAAGAUCCGCCAGUUUAUGACAUUUACCCAGGCUGGUGAAAAGACUGCUAUAUACUGUUUAAUGCAGAAUGAGUGGAAACUAGAAGUGGCAACUGACAACUACUUCCAGAACCCAGACUUGUACUACAAAGAAUCCAUGAAAAAUUCAGUAGACAAAAAGAAGUUAGAACAAUUGUAUAACAGGUAUAAAGACCCACAAGAUGAGAAUAAAAUUGGUAUUGACGGAAUUCAGCAGUUUUGUGAUGAUUUAGGCCUAGAUCCUGCCCAUAUCAGUGUUCUUGUCAUAGCAUGGAAAUUUAGGGCAGCCACUCAAUGUGAAUUCAGUAAAAAGGAAUUCAUGGACGGCAUGACAGAGCUGGGGUGUGAUACUACAGAAAAAUUAAAAGCUCUUUUACCAAGAAUAGAACAAGAGCUAAAGGAUGCAAUAAAAUUCAAAGAUUUUUAUCAGUUUACCUUUAACUUUGCUAAGAACCCUGGACAAAAAGGUUUAGAUUUAGAAAUGGCUGUUGCCUAUUGGAAUUUAGUCUUAUCUGGAAGGUUUAAAUUUUUAGAUCUUUGGAAUAAGUUUUUAUUGGAACAUCACAAAAGAUCAAUUCCAAAGGACACUUGGAACCUUCUACUAGAUUUUGGAAAUAUGAUUGCAGAUGAUAUGUCUAACUAUGAUGAAGAAGGAGCAUGGCCUGUUCUUAUAGAUGAUUUUGUAGAGUAUGCAAGACCAGUCGUCACAAAAGGAAAGCGCAGUACUUUUUAACCCUAGGUAUAAAACUGGACUAAAAUUAUAAUCUGAAUUGUAUCAGGUAAUGAAGACAUUUUGGCCAAUAACUAUGUCCAUGGUUACUGAUUUCAGUAGUCAUGGUAUGCCACUGACCCAGCUGUAAUCACCACUUCUACUCUCCUUCAAGAAAAUGAUGCUGAUUCAUGGACGCUGCAAGAAGGUGCUCAGAAGAUAGCCCAGGAUGCUUUGGGAUAUACUGGGGAUUGACUGUUAUAUUGGUUCUGACAUUUGGUGAGAGAUAAUUGCAUGAUUUACACUUAGGAGAAUUUAACUAGAGCCCAUUUUAAUUAAAACUGCACAGCAUGUCAUUCAGCUCAUGAUCUAAGGUGAACAAACACCAGCAGUUAUUACUGUCAUUAGAGAUUAUAGAGUACUUACAUAUUUAAAAGCAGUAUUUGUGGUAUGAAUUAAGUCCCUAUAUAAAAUUUAAGCAGUAGGUUAUAUUUUUAUACAAGUCAAUAUUGUUGAAAGUAUUUACCCUAAUGAUCAUGAUCUUGUAAUGAACUCUUACUGACACUUUUGUACUCGGUGCCAGUACACUAGAUUAUAUUUUUUAUAUCAAUUUGCCAGAUCUAUUUUUUUGUUUUGAUUUUCUUAAUGUUCACUUGAAAAUCAUUUAAUGGUUUUAAUACCCCCAUUUCAAUUUGCACAGUGAUGGCCACACUGUAACUUAAGGAAAAAUUUUUUUAGAUUGUUUGCAAGUCAGUGAACAUUCUUUAUUUUUUGAAAAGUGUUUUUUAUUUCUUGAACUUCCCCAAAAGUACUUAUAGUCUGUUUUGUUCACAAAUUAUUUUUCUUUAUAUUAUAUUUAAAAUGGUAUUUUUCCAUUUUAAAAAUACUUCUUUAUUAGUUAUGAAUUUUGGAUUCCAAGAUCAAGUAAGCUGAUUUCCUGCAACCAUCCAUAUAUGUAUGAUAUAUCUCAACUGCAAUCAUUUUUAUAAAUUGUACAUAUUUGAAAAUUAAAAUAUUAUGAUAAUAUGGAACAUAAUAGUCUGGAGGGGUGGGAGAAAUCCCUCUGAUUUGAGUGGACAAAUUUAUCUUUGCACUAUGUUAUCAUAUCUGUUUUUCAGUUUGUCCCAGUCACCACUGUAGUGUGGCACCAAGAUGAAUUAGGUAUUUCCCCAAAGCAUAAUUAAUGCUUGAGAAUUUCUCCUGCUCUUCUGUUGGCAAAGAGCUGGCAUAUAAUUUUGUGGAAUCCCUGUGUGACAGUCCUACCUCAGCUUUGAAAUACACAUCCAUACAUGAUCUUCACAGCACAAUUCUUACCUUAUUUGGCUAGCUACAAUUUGGAACUUAAACAGAUGCUAGGGAUUGAAUUUUUUAAAAGGUGAUCCUUUUUUUAAAGGACUUAACACGGGUUUCCUUUCUUUAGCUAGCCUUUCUACUACACAAAAAAAUACAAAUUGGCUUAUAAAAACUAGAUCAUUCCUGAAAAACUUUUUAUCGGUCUGAUGUAUAAAGCAAGGUACAACUUAAUGUUGCUAGAAUGUGAACUGAGACUGCUUUGGAUUAGAAUUCCUCAAGGAAAGGCAACUUGGUUCUACCAGGAAAGAACACUGACUGGAGCAGGACUCGAAGCACCACAGUUGUAGUCCUGGCUUUGCCAUUUAAGAGCUUUGUGACCCAAGGCAAAUCAGUUAAUUCUGUGCUCCUGUCCUCCCAUUCCCGAGAUGAGGGGUCCGAGGAGAUGGCCAGUAAAAAGACUUCCAGCCCUGGCGUUCUAAUCUCUUUGGAUUCAUUCUGCUGUACAAUUCACACAAUUCUGUACAAUCAACCUUAAAAGAAAUACUCUUCAAUUGUAGCAUCUUCCCCUAAAAUAAUUAUCAGAAUCUCAAUGACAUUGGACAAUAUUGAAAGAAUUAUGCCCAUUAUUUGCACUCUUCUACUGUACGAGUUUCAAUCAUGUAUGCUAUUAGAGUGGUGACUUGGGGGAGGGGAAAGAGGGAAAAGCUUGUAUUUAUUUGUCUCAUUUGUACAGAUUUUCUGUGCUAAGUCCUUAAGAAACAUCUAAAUAAAUCAUUGUGUGUAUUUGUU